AUGGCGGCGUCCGACGCCGUGGUGGGCAAUCUGGCGGGCGGCGCCGUCCAGACGGUGUACAUGAGCGGCACGGCGCAGAGCGACGUUCAGCCCACAAGCACCUUCGAUAUUGGCAACGCGCAGCUCGCCACGUCACCCUCGGGAUCCACUUUCCUCAAGUUCAACUGCUCGGCGGGAGAUGGGUCGGUGGCGGUGAGCGUGCAGGGCAGCAAUACGCUCGUGUGGGCGCACUCCGCCGAUGGCUCGCAGACGCUCGGCUUUCACGGCGACUAUGAUGGCGCGCUUCAAGUGGACUUCGCGUGCUCCUCUGCCUCGUCCGGAGGGGGAGGGGGUGGCGGCACUGGUGGGGGCAUGGGGGGAGGCACUGACGGAGGUGGGGGCGACUAUGGGGGUGACUACAACGUGGGGAACAGUGGAGGGCCUGGGGGCGGUCAGGGCGGACCUGGGGGCGGACGUGGCGGGCCAGGGGGAGCUGGGGGCGGGCAGGGCGGACCUGGUGCUGGUGGGGGACAAGGGGGACUUGAGGGCGGGCAAGGGGGGGGUGGGGUCGGCAAUGGUGGCGACUACAUCAAUGGGGGGAGCUACAGCGGCGGUAAUGGCGGAGGCAACACAGGCGGAGGUGGUGGUUACUACAGCGUUGGAGGAGGAGGAGGGACCGGUGCUGCUGGUGGCGCCGCUGGUGGCGCUGGGGUUGCUGGUGGUGGGGGCUGUGGGGGAGGGCAAGGGCAAGGCGGGGGACCUGGGGGACAGGGCGGUUCUGCUAGCGGACAAGGGGGAGCUGGUGGGGGACAGGGCGGACCUGGGGGAGGUUCUGGUGGGGGGAGCAAUGGCGGGGAUUAUGGUGGUGGUAAUUGCGGUGGUGACUAUAGUGGGGGGAAUGGCGGGGACUACAACACUGAUGGUGACUACAGUGGGGGGAACACUGGAAGGGGCUAUGGUGGCGGCAAUGGUGGUGAUUAUAACGGAGGGAGCACUGGUGGUGACUAUAAUGGAGGGAGCUACAGUGGGGACUAUAGCGGAGGGACGGGCGGCAGUCAGGGAGGCCCAUCUGGGGGCGGUGUGAGUGGCGGGGGAGGCAUGGGCGGCGGAGGCUUGGGCGGUGGCGGAGGAAUGGGAGGGGGCGGGGGAAUGGGAGGGGGCGGGGGAAUGGGAGGGGACGGGGGAAUGGGAGGGCCUGGGGGCAGCACGGGCAGAGGAGGAGGGAUGAGGGGAGGGGGAGGGAUGGGCGGAGGUGGAGGCAUGGGGGGAGGAGGCAUGGGGGGAGGAGGCAUGGGGGAAGGGCCUGGAGGGCGCCCAUCUGGGGGCGGUGUGAGUGGCGGGGGAGGCAUGGGCGGCGGAGGCUUGGGCGGUGGCGGAGGAAUGGGAGGGGGCGGGGGAAUGGGAGGGGGCGGGGGAAUGGGAGGGGACGGGGGAAUGGGAGGGCCUGGGGGCAGCACGGGCAGAGGAGGAGGGAUGAGGGGAGGGGGAGGGAUGGGCGGAGGUGGAGGCAUGGGGGGAGGAGGCAUGGGGGGAGGAGGCAUGGGGGAAGGGCCUGGAGGGCGUGGAAGGCGUUGA